AUGAAUUCUUUUGCUCAGAUUUUCGUAUUGCUAAUAUUUUUCCUAUUACACUUUUGUAUUGCCGACAGGGCUGAGAAUGUUCAAAAUGUUCUGAGUACCUUCAACUGUAAAAAUAACUGUAUUUUCAAUUACACCGAGAUCAAUUCCACCACAAUCAAGUUUUUUCCACGGUGUCCAGAAGUCUGUGCAAUUUUAUUUAUCGACGAAAAAACUGACCUAACCGUUGCACAGCUGAAAAAAGCUUUCGCGAGUAUGUUCACAUUAGUUGGGGGUCUGGUUAUUGAGAAUACAAAUCUCACUUCAAUUUCGAUUUUUUCAACUGAUGCAUAUAUGUCUUUCAAUAUUGCAUGUGAUACAUAUGGCGUAUUCAUUAGAAACAAUAGAAAAUUGAAAGAUAACAGCAUGCUCUCGGGUCUCUAUGUUUUUCGUGCUGGUGAUAAUCAGGAAUGCGAUUUUCAAAUUAAGAAUAACCCCUUGUUAAAGGUGGAUUGCGAAGAUAGAUAUUUAUCUGAGUAUUCGAAAAUUGAGGUUUCUGGGAACUUGGAAAAUUGUGGCUGCAAAGGUGGUGAAAUUGAAAUUUCCACCAAAAAUCAGUUUGCAAACUGUUCAGUUCUAUACGGUGGCCUGCAAAUAUUCAACAAAACGCCUGAUCUGUCUGCCCUAUCAAACAUCGAAAUUAUAAAAGGAGAAAUUGAGAUACAAAACUCGAAUUUUCAAAACUUGACGUUUUUAAAAAAUCUUAAAACUAUAAAAUUUCGAAACGAUGGAAAAACUGAAAAUUAUCUGAUAAAUAUUAAGAAUGAUCCGGAAAUGACGCGAUUAGGAUUGCCAAUCGGUGAAAAUACGGAAAUGACAAAUGUCUGGCAAGUGCCUAUGGAAAUUACGAUUAUCAAUUUGGAAAAUUUGAAUCCAGAAUUCUGCCUAUCACUUUCAGAAAUCUUGUUUUAUUUUCACAAAUCUCAUUUUUCAGUGGAAAAUUUGGAUGCAAAGCUGUGUCCUGUGGACACUAAUGCAACAAAAAUAUUGAAUCCAUUUUCUGAAAAUGGCGAUUUUUAUAUUAUAUGUCAUUUCAUUUCGAUGGCCUUAUUACCCAGUAAUUGUGACAUAAUAAUUGGGAAUUUGAUAAUAGAAGCCGGUGAUGAGGUAUAUACUACAAAGCUGGAGUAUACCAAGCAUUUGAUUGGCACAUUGGUGAUCAGAAAUACUAAUUUGGUCGAAAUCGAGUUUUUGGGACUGUUGAGCUUUAUUUGCUCCCUUGAUGAGACGCUACCAUUGAUUCAAAUAUAUUCGAACAAAAAUUUGAAAAUUGCGAAUUUUCCUGAAGUUGCUAAUAUUAUAACUCGCGGAAAGCGUAUUGCCAUUAUUCAGGAUAAUCACGAAGAUCUGUUCAAAUUUGAGCCUUGUGCUCUAUUUUCUCCAUUUUAUGAGAGUACUUUUCAGAAAUAUCAGACCAACUUGACAUAUGUCGGUGGAGACUGUGGGCUCGACACAGCGGAAAUUAACUAUUCUCGAGGAAGUUAUCUGUUGAAACUCUUUGCUCUAAUUUUGAUAAUAAGUUCGUUGAAAUAA